GCAGUUAACUUUUGAAGUACUUUAACAUCACAGGCAAUAUAUACAUACGUGUCUCAGCGAUUGUUAAGAUUUUAGAGUAGGGAGAAAGAUCGAAGAACGAGAUGAAACAAGUUUUACGUAUGAGACAACAAGAAAGUAACGAUUAUACAGUAAGUAGAUUUUCCGUCCGGUUCAGAUGCAACGAAGACAGUCCACAAGACGGACGCUUCUUGGCUAGACACUUUUAGGCGCAAGCACCCGUUCCGUCAGAAUGGGGUUCUCCAUGAAAUGGUGUAUCGUCCUUCUGGCAUGUGCCACCACUUUUCAAAUAAUUGGAAUUUCUGAAGGAAGGCGCUUGGAAAAAAAUAUGCCAACCAAAGGAAAGGAACCUUCAAAAACAAUUUGUGAAACGCCAACCUGUAUAUCGGCAGCCACAUCGAUUCUGGAGAACAUGGAUACGUCCGUUAAUCCUUGCGACGAUUUCUACAGAUUUGCUUGCGGCAGCUUCAUAAAAAACUCGUAUAUCCCCGACGAUAAAAGCCAAGUCGAUAUGUUCAAGAAUCUCGAUCAAAAACUUCAAAACCAGUUGCGCAGCAGCAUUGAGGAUGGCAUUAAGGACACUGACCCAAGGUCGUUCAAACUAUUGCAAUCUUACUUCAAAACGUGCAUGAAUAAAGAUGAAAUCAAUAAAAAUGGCAACGAAGAAUACAUCAGAUACAUAAAAAGUUUCGGAAAUUGGCCGGUCUUAGCUGGUAAUUCAUGGCAAGAAAAAGAUUUUGACUGGUUGCAAUCGAUAUAUCAAUUCCGUCGUAAUGGGUAUUCGACGAACUAUUUGAUAAGUUUAAGCAUUGAGGUUGACAUGAAAAAUAAUACAAAACGCGUAAUUACAUUGGAUCAAACAUCCCUUGGACUUUCUCAAGAAUUUUUGAGGAAAGGUUUGGAAGACAAAAAUGUGAGAGCCUAUUAUGAAUACAUGGUGGAAUUUGCCACUUUAUUUGGAGCCGACAUUGAGCGAGCAGAGAAAGAACUAAAAGAAUCACUUGAGUUCGAAACUCAAUUAGCUAAAAUUUCAUUACCCCUGGAAAAGCGGCGAGAUGCUGAGGUACUUUACAAUCCGAUGUCCAUCCAACAAGUCCAAUCAAAAUACGCCAGUAUUCCUUGGGCCAAAUACUUGAACGAAAUCUUGAAACCUCAUACUUCUGUUGCCGCGGACGAAGUUGUGAUAGUCGCUGUACCGAGUUUCUUGGCUGAUUUCGAAAAACUCAUUCAGACCACUCCCAAGCGUGUUCUGGCCAACUAUCUCUUGUGGAGGGUUAGCAUGGACUCCGCCAGCUUUUUGGGUGAUAAGGUCCAAGCUAUUCAAACCAAGUACGAGGCGGUUCUCACCGGUAAGAAAGAGAAGGGUGAGAGAUGGAAGACCUGCUUAAGUGACAUCACUAGCAACCUCUACGUCAGUGCUAGUGCACUUUACGUGAGGAAGUACUUUGAUAACGAAGCUAAGCAUAACGCCGAAGAAAUGAUACAGAACAUUCAGCAGAGCUUCAAAAACAUCUUGAGAGAGCUUGACUGGAUGGACGAAAAAACAAAAAAGGCGGCUUUAGAAAAGGUCGACUGGAUCGCGCCUUACAUCGCGUACCCUGAUGAAUUCUUCGACGACCAAAAGCUCGACGACUUCUACAAGGAUUUCGAAGUUAUGGAUUUGAGUUACUUGAAGACCAAAUUGAACUUCAACUUGUUCCAGAAAGAGUACUCGCUCGGUCAAUUGAGGAAACCAGUCGACAAAACCGACUGGAUCUCUCACGCCAGAUCGGCGAUCGUGAAUGCCUUCUACGAGCCGAACGAGAACAGCAUUCAGUUCCCCGCUGGAAUUUUGCAAGGCGUGUUCUUCGACAAAAACAAGCCCAAAUACUUGAACUAUGGCGCCAUCGGUUCCGUGAUGGGCCACGAAAUCACCCACGGCUUUGACGAUCAGGGUUCGCAAUUCUCCAAGGACGGAAACCUCGUCGACUGGUGGGAAAAGGAAACGAAGGAAAAGUACUUGGAAAAAGCGAAAUGUAUCAUCGACCAGUACAGCAACUACACCGCUGAGGAAGUUGGCUUGAACCUUAACGGUGUCAACACCCAAGGAGAAAACAUCGCCGAUAACGGCGGAAUGAAGGAGUCUUACUUUGCUUACCGGGAAUGGGAGAAAAAGAAUGGCGUUGAGCCACGUCUUCCUGGUCUUCAUUACACGUCGCAGCAGAUGUUCUGGAUAAACGCUGCCAACGUCUACUGCAGUAAAUUUCGUCCAGAGGCAUUGAAGUCUCGCAUUAUCACAGGCGUUCACAGCCCGGGCGAGUUCAGAGUCAAGGGACCGAUGUCGAACAAUCCAGAAUUCGCGAAAGACUUCGAUUGUCCUCUUGGCUCUAACAUGAAUCCCGUCAAGAAGUGUACGGUGUGGUAGAUAUCUCACGUAAAAAGAAUGAGUAUUACUGUAGUAAUAUGCGACUUCAAAAAAGUUAUAGACUCAUCAUAGACAGCGACUGAUAAAACAAUUAAUUAAAUGUAAUUAAGAAUGUUAUUUCUUAAAAAACAGCAAUAAAAUAAUUAGUAUUUUUAAUAAUACCAAUAUGGUUAA